AUUAUAUCUAAAAUAAUGUUUCCAAAAGUCGAUGAAUCGGAGCUAAUAAAGAACGAGUUUAGCAGAUUGAAAGGAAUUUGCUAUCUGGACCAUGUGGGUUCGGCGCUGUAUGCUGACAGUCAAAUAAACAACGUGAUGAAAGAUCUGAAAAUGCACUUGUACGGAAAUCCUCAUUCAACCGGUGAUCCGUCGGCAACUUGCGAAAAACGCAUAAAUAGUGUUCGAUUUAAAAUCCUCGAACACUUCAACACUGGACUCGAAAAGUACAGCGUGAUAUUCACGUCGGGUGCCACUGAAGCGUUGAAGACCGUAGCCGAAUGUUUCGCGUGGGACGACGAAGACGGCGACCGACCAGAGGACGCUGUAGAUUCAGUUUGCCGGUCGCGGGGCAGCACCUUCGCAUACACUGAAGACAAUCACACUUCAGUGUUGGGCAUGCGAGAGUUGGCUCCGAUGGCGAAUCUGCUGUGUCUGACUCGCAACGAAGCUCACGAGGCUUUGGACAAGAUGCCGUCUUCGUCUGCGGAAAAAAAUCGUUCGGUGGGCUCCAGAAACUCACUGUUCGUCUUUCCCGCCCAGUCCAACUUUGCUGGUACGAAAUAUCCUUUGGAAUGGAUCGAAACAUGCCAGGAAGGCGCGCUUGACCAAUACACUGGCAAUCGUGUCAAGUCCAGAUGGUUUACUGUUCUGGACGCCUCGUCUUACGUGCCCACUAACCAUCUGGACUUGGAAAAAUAUUCGCCAGAUUUUGUCACUGUUUCGUUUUACAAAAUGUUCGGUUAUCCAACCGGUCUAGGAGCGCUGUUGGUCCGUAAUAAAACAGCCGCGGCGGUACUACGUCGGAAAAAAUAUUUUGGCGGCGGCACCGUUGAAGUUGUCCUUGCACGUAAUCGCCAUCACGUGUUAAAAAAAAAUCUUCAUGAAAAGUUCGAAGACGGCACGGUGGACUUCUUGUCGGCGAUCGCGGUCGGCCACGGACUGGACACUCUGCGCGCGCUGGCCGGCCCGAUGCGGGAGGUGGCCGGGCGGACGUUCAGACUGGCCGCGUACCUGUACGGCCGGAUGUCUGGGGUGCGGCACGGAAAUGGACUUCCGGUGUUCCGGACGUACGCGGACACGGAGUACCGGUGCGAAAGCACGCAGGGCGGCGUCGUGAACUUCAACGUGCUGAGGGCCAACGGCGAUUACGUCGGCUACAACGAGGUAAAAUACGUAGCCAGUAAUUACGGCAUAGUACUCCGAGUGGGUUGUUUUUGCAACCCCGGGGCGUGUCAGACGCAUUUGGGUCAUACAGACGAGGAGCUGAGACGAAACCAAGAGGUGAUAGGUCACAUUUGCGGCGAUCACAUUGAUAUUAUUAACGGACGGCCGACAGGAUCAGUUCGGGUUUCAUUUGGCUACCAGUCCAGCGAAUCAGACGCUAAUAGACUUUACGAUACGCUUAUCGAACAAUUUUGGCAGAAAAAUCCGGUCAAACCCGUGGACCGGCAACAGAAUUCAGUCGACGAGUACAAUAGAAUGGAUUUGCACGUGUCAAGGCUUUUCGUUUUCCCGAUCAAGUCAUGCGGAGCUUAUGAAACGGAUGAAUGGCAAUUGGAAACGUACGGGUUUCAAUACGACCGAAACUGGGCGGUGGUCAGUACGUCGGGAGUGUGCAUGACGCAAAUGGAAGAUCCGAAACUCUGUCUUGUCAAGCCUUAUAUAGAUUUGCAAAAAGGAACCAUGACCCUCGUUUACGCCGAAAACGAAGAUGAAGUUCCGAUGGUAGUUCCACUGGACACAAAACCCAGUGACACCAUUAGAAUGGGAAAAAUAUGUUGGGGUGGACAUUUGGAAGGAAUGGACUGUGGCGACGAAGUGGCCGAAUGGCUCAGUUGGAACCUCGAUCGGCCUGGAUUAAGACUCGUUAGGUGCACUAGCCGCACUAUAGCACCUAAGAGCUAUGAUAGUAUAGAUCCAAGGGUAAUUGGUUCCAAUCAAUGUCAGUAUCUAUUGUCCACACAAUCAACGAUCAAGUGGUUACAGCAAGAAAUGGAAAACGAGAUAGCGGAAAUAGAUGAAGAUAAUUUGUUAUAUCGAUUCCGAGGUAACUUCUUGAUUUCUGGCGACAGUCUACCACCCUUUGGCGAAUUAACUUGGCAGGAGUUGGACAUCGGAGGUGUCAAAUUUGAAUUCGUUGAGGGUUGCGAAAGGUGCAAAAUGGUGAAUAUCGAUCAGGAUACAUCGGAGAGCAUUUAUAAGCCACUGUCCAUAUUGGGCCAACACAAGUGGGAAGGCAAACUCAUUUUUGGAAUCUAUAUGCAACGCGAAGAUACUCAAAAAUGUAAAAUACGAGUGGGCCAAAAAUGCACUGUCACCAAGAAAAGAAAUUGAUUUUUUAGGAUAAAAAUAUAAUAUGAUGUAAUUUUCGUUUGAACUUUAAAUGAACAAAAUUAUAAUACGACAAACUUGUAUGUCAUAAAAAAGCAAUAUAAAAGCAUUUUUUUUUUUUUAAA